AUGAAUUAUUUUUCUAUACAAAAUCCUAAAAAAUUUACAAUUUUCAAUAUCUGAAAACCAUAUUUCCGAUAUAAAUUAACCAAAAUAUUCAUGGAAAAAUAUCAAAUAGUAAACAUGGCAGGCCGUUCUGACUCCUCUACCUUUAAUCUACUCGAAUGUAACCUUAAAUUAGCUCCAGGAAAUCUCACAAACCACAUGCAUCUUCUUUCUCAAAUGCAGUCCAAUGACGACAUCGAAGUACUGAAUGCAGUAAUGCAAUUUUCCAUGCAUUUGUCGGUAGCCUCAGAAGAAUCAAUUAUUUCUCUGCCAAUUGACCACACAAUCUCUACCCUGAUUUACUGCUUAAAUAGAUCACUGCCUGACAUAUGCUUAUACGCAAUUAUAUCUUUAAACCACAUUUUAGACUCUGUUCCUAAUGCCUCUCAUCUGCUAGUGGUCCAAAGUGGAGUUGGUAUUCUCUGCAGAAUGCUUAUGAAUUUAGAGUAUAUUGAUAUGGCAGAAAACGCUAUAAAAGCCCUAGAAAGAAUUUCGCACGAUUCUCCGUCAGCAUUGCUUAGAGAAGGUGUUUUUUCGAUUUUAGCGAAUAUUUUAGAUUUCUUUGAAGAGGCUAUACAAAAAAGAAUUUUAUCAACUGAUAUUUUGAUCGCAAAAGCUAUAAACUCAGAAGAAAUGCUGAAUGGGAUUAUUCCGUCUUUACCAGAAAUGGCAAAUUUAUUGGUCUUUAAAGGCCUAGGAAAUUUGUGAAAAAACCAUAUGGCUGUCCAAUUUUAUUUAGGGCUAACAGAAAGCAUUUUCAGGUUUUCCAGAGUUGAUCGAGCACGGCUGCGGAAAAACGUCGAAAGUGUAUGCGAUUUCAGGGCUUUUCAGAAUUUAAUAGAACUUAUACCAAAUUUUAUUGAAUUUCAGCCAUUGUUAUUUAGACUCUUAAAAAUUUUAUGUGCAGCUUCACCGUAUUUAAUUGUCAUGCUCCAUAAUAUCGGAGCUUUAUAUUCCAUUAAACAAGUCCUAGAAGAUGAAGAAAAGCAAGCGUCAAAUGAAAAUCAUAGCUUACUUAUGGAAAUCCUACAACUGAUCGAUGUUCUUAUUCCUAAUAAAAAUCAGAAUGAUUUUUGCAGCAAAGAACUUGAGGAGAUUUACAGACUAAGCCCAGAUUUAUUGAAAAACCUAGGAGACACAAUUCUCCCAAGGCUUCUAGGGAUCUAUGAUAAAAUAGUCAACAAAACCCUUAGAAAUUUGAUACUACAGAUCAUGGGCAAGCUCUUUGCUGUAUCAGAGCUUGAAGCUACCAUUAGUUAUGUAUCUCCGAGCCAUUUCGCUAACUUUUUAUCUGAAGUUUUUAACUGUCGAGACAUGGAAUCUCUCCGAUCUGCACUCAAACUAGUGAUGCUAUUAUAUGAAAAAAUUCCCCAGCAUAUUUCAGAAAAUUUUAUCCGUGAAGGGAUUAUCAGCAAGAUCCAAAAUUUAAAAAACGAAGACUCAUUGAAUAAAAAGCCUGAUACGCCAAAUAAAGAUGUGAGGAUGAGCCCUAGAAUUAUAAGAUCAACCAGCUUAAGGGAUUCUGAGCCUACCAUCCAAAUAGACAGUCAAGAAUUCAGAAGGAUCAGAAAUUUCAGAAGAUCAUAUACGAUUUAUAGAGAAUCAGAGGAUAUCACUCAUACAAAAGUCCCAAUUGUGCUACCGAAAGAUGUGGGUGAUAUGGUAAAUAGUGUCCUUGUGAGGGCAUCAGAGUUUGAAAAAACCUAUAUGUAUUACGACUUGAAUGAGCUAAAAAGACUGGCAAGAAGCUUAAAUGAAGAUGAGGAGUCUGGGAGAUUGAUGCAGCUUAUUGAAAUAAUUAAUAAGAAAAACAUAAGCUUGCACGAAUUCGUGGGGUCAGGAAUUAUUGAAGCUUUAUGAAAAUGAUUAACAAACAGCUACCAAAAGAAGCCAAAAGUUUCUUUAAAGAGAAUUUAUGAAUUUUUAGUCUUAUUUAAUGAAACGUCUAGCUCUGGCCAAACUCAUUUAGCAAAUUUGAUUUCAUUAUUAAUAAGGUCGAUCAGAUACACACAGCAAUUUGGGAUUUUAUUAUAUGAAACAAUAACCGGCUUUUCCAACAUUUUUCACAGUAUGAGGACUCUGUCAAGCAGAAUAAGACUCAAGCUCCUUUACGAUCCAGAAAAAAUGAAUCUGAAUUCUCCAUAUACAAAAGACCAUUGUUUUGAACUUGAAAGCAAGCAUCAACUGUUCAGCUCAAUUGGAUCUGUCUCAUUGAUUCUUGAGCAAUACAUCACGCUUGAGACAAUUAUUGACGCUCUGCUAAAAGUCAGAAGUGCAGAAAACAUUGAAUUCCUCGUCAGCUCUUUCGAAAAAAAUGAGCAAAAAGGACUCAGUCCUGAGCAGUUCAAUAUCACAAAGCAGCAUAUAAAAAUGCAGCUUUUCCUAAGUGGGGCUUCAGAUCUAAAUGCAAAGCUUGAGGAAAUGGGGAUAAGAAGUGAAGGAUUUGAAAAUUUGAUUGAUGAAAUCCAGAUGCAGAAAAGAGAAAUUGAGGGGAAAAUGGAUAUUGUGGGGGAAAGUGAAAUGAUUGAUGUAAAUCAGCCGAUAGAAGCGAUGAAUAUUGUGAACAGAAAAAGUAGCAUGGCUGAGGAAACCAGAAUCAAAGCAAUAAUAGAGCUGAAUGGAGAGGUUCUUCAUAAAAAAAUGAGUCUUUUUGAAAUAAUAAACAAAUACGAGGUUGAUGACAUUUUAACACUGAAAUUUUAUUUCGCAAUAGAAAGAGAAGAAAAUGAUGAGUGCUCUCGAUACAUAAUGCCAGGCCCCGACUACCUCAGUCAAAUUAUAAAUGAUUCAUCCAAAUUAUCAAUCAACUCCUCAGAAAAAGUGUACAGCACGCUACGCCUGCUCAAAUUUAUUUACCUAUUAAACGACAAUAUAAAAUAUUUGCUAUCCCCUUCUUCUCUGCUAUUUAAUUUUCCUAUAAACCCAAUUGCAAGCAGCUUACUUCCUUCAUCUCUAUUUACAAGCCAAAAACUCACAGCUCUAGUCUCCAAACAAAUUUCUGACUUGCUCGCUGUCGUUGGUGGUAUGACUUCAGACUGAAUUUUCUGACUUGCAAGCAAGUUUCCAAGUGUUUUAAGCUUCAAUCAAAGAUACGACGUUUUUCGAAUUGUUGGCUUUGGAGGAGACCGGUCACUAUAUUUUUACUCAAACCGUGGAAAAGCUUUUUCUGUCAGGAUGCUUCGGCAAAAAGCGAUGGUACCUAGAGACAACGUUUUAGAGGCAGGAAUAAGGAUAAUUGGCGACUCUGAGCUGCUGAAAUAUGGCUUGCUUGAAUUUGAUUUUGUUGAUGAGGAAGGAACAGGCUUAGGACCAACUCUUGAGUUUUAUAGCUUGAUAAGCGAAGAAAUAAAAAAGCUUGACCUUUGGAGAUCUGAUGCUGCAAAUGGCUUAUUUCCAGCACCUAUUCAAUCACAGAACUUAGAAUGCAACGCUCAGAUGUUUUAUUUCAUCGGGAAAUUGGUGGCCAAAGCAAUUUAUGAUGAUAAACUUAUAAAUCUGAACUUUUCGCCUGUAUUUUGAAAGCUUGUCCUUCGCAAGCCGAUAUAUCUUUCUGAUCUGAUUAAAGUUGACUCUAGUCUAGGCCGGCAUUUAUUGCAGUUUCAAGAGCUUGCAAAUCAAGCUUCAUGAAUUAAUGAAGAAUUCAGCGACCCUGACUACCAAUACAAGCAGCUUAAGCAAGUAAAAUACAAAGGCUCCUCAAUUUGUGACCUUCACUUAACUUUUACUCUUCCUGGCUAUGAGUCAAUUGACUUAAAACCGAAUGGGAAAAAUAUAUUUGUGAGCCUAGAAACGCUAGAAGAAUACAUAAAUUUGGUGUGUGAGUAUACGCUGCUUCAAAAUUACCAAGCUGAAGCAUUCCGAAAAGGCUUCGAGAAAAUGAUACCGGUCGUGUCUUUAGAAGUGUUUGAGCCUGAGGAGCUGGAAGAAGUCAUAUGUGGAAAAAAUAACGAAAUAUGGGAGUUUUCAAUCCUAGCAGACGCAAUAAUGCCUGCACAUGGAUACUCCAAGGAUUCAGGGACUUUUCAAGACUUAUUGCAUAUCAUGGAAAGCUUUGAUGCUGGCGAAAAGCAGCUUUUCUUGAAAUUCUGCACCGGAAGUCCAAGACUGCCGCUGGGUAGCUUUAAAGGCCUUCACCCUCCUUUAACGAUUGUGAAAAAAGACCCCACAGUUCAAGGAAGCAGCCCUGACGAGUAUUUGCCAAGUGUGAUGACUUGCCAAAAUUACUUAAAAGUCCCUGAAUACUCCUCUAAAGAGAUUUUAAAGAAGCAAAUGAAGUAUGCAAUGACUGAAGGCAAUGAGGCAUUUCAUUUUUCUUAA